UUUCUUAUUCCGCAAGUGCUGCAGUUUACAGAUUGGGUGAGAUUAAAACCCUGCAGUGGACCAGGGGAUGGGGAUGGCUGUGGGUGGCUGAUCAAUUUGGGUGGCUUUGGGCAAGUACCUUCUCUCUCUGGGGUAUAAGGAUUUGAAGGAUGAGGUCUGAGUGACCAGCCAGCUCUUAGAGAGUAAGGAAGGCACAUGGGGAAGGUUGAACAGUGCUGGAGGCUCUAGGAGGGGCGUACAGCCACCCUAGGUCCACCCUAACUCCAACCACCUUAACUCUGCCAGCAGGAGGAAUGGCACCAGCUGUGGCCCAGCUCCUUUUCCUUCAGCUUGUUCUAGGGCCAGCUCCGGUGGUGAACAUCAAGGUGCAUCCUGAAGCUCAAAACUUCCAUAACUUACACAUCGACUAUCCCAAGGUUACCUUCGCAGAGGGUUUCCAGGGCUACUGCAAUGGCUUUAUGGCCUAUGUGAGGGGCAGAAGGCAAAACUGGUUUUGCCCAAAGGUCCAUUAUGUGCUACAUGCCCCCUGGAAAGACAUCCAGAAAUUCUGCAACUAUACUGACUACUUCUGUGAUGUCUACAAUGAAUACUGCACACUUACUCGGGACUUCUUUUGGCUCACAACCUGCACCCUGGACCCUAAGCAUCCAUCCACUGGCUGUUCCUACACCACCAGUGUAACCAGACAAAGGGUCUAUCUGGUCUGCUCCCGCAGGUAUAAAGGUAGCCCAAUAGGUAUCAUCAGCCUCAUUUAGGGAAUUUAAUUCCCGAACCAUCCCUACCUCCUUCCUAUGUCUGAAACUCUGAUUCCUGUAAUAAGCCUUCCUACCCUGACUUCCAUGGCAGGCAUGGCCCAGAGACCAGGCAGGUAGGAAAAUGCCCAGGAAAAUGAUCACAGUGGAAAGCUGUAGUAUCUCCUAUGUCCUUUCCAGUUUGUUUACCACCUCCUCACUACUCCACCCCCAACCUCCCUUUCCCAGCGACAGUAAAACCCACCCAAGAAGCUGGCUGUGUCCACUUGGCAGUGCCUGUCCCAGCACUGGGCCAGAUCCUGACUCCUGGAUGGAGGCCCAGGGCCCCAGCUCACACCAUAGCAACAGGCUCCAGUCCCACCCCCCAUGCUUCCCAUCUCCGUCUUUCCAUUUCCCUUCUAACUCCCUCCACUCACAAACCCACACAGCAGUAUCUCAGUACCUUCCUGAGAGCCUUAGGCCCUCCCACCUUAGCCUCCUUUCUCCACAGCUCCCUCAGUCUCUAGCCUCUCUGUGGGAUCACUGAUUCCCUCUUCAUGUAACCUGUCAUUUCCUCCACCUCCCACCGUGAAGCCAGUGUUGUCUCUCAUCCACACUUGCAACUGCUUGGGCACCCUACUUUCUUUUUCUGGUCUCUUCCUUCCAUCCCUCUCACCUCGGCCAACUGGAAUUUCACGUUAUUGUCUCUUACCCAUUUCCCUCAAGGUUCCUGCAUCCCUUUCCUUCCAGAAGCUCCUCCCCAAAUUGUCCAAACUUCAAAGUCUGCCAUUGACAAAGCAGUGGGUGAGGCAGGCCCAGCUCUAGUCAUGUAAAAAAUUUUUGGUGGUGCUGGGGAUCAAACCCAAAGUGUCCCAUUUGCUAGGCAAGUGCUCUACCAUUGAGCUAUGUCCCCAUCCCCCACUCAAGUAAUGUUUAAAAACCAUAUCUGGUGCUCGCUUUGGCAGCACAGAUACUAAAAUCAUAAGUGAAAAUAGAAUCACUGUGCCAAGUAUACUGGUGCCUGCCUGUAGUCCCAGGACUCUAGGAGGAUGAGGCACAAAGACUGAAAUUUCCUGGGCAAUUUAGCAACUUAGCCAGAUCUUGUAUCACCCUGUCUCAAAAAACAAAGACAAAACAAGACGACAACAACAACAACAACAACAACAACAGCAACAGAACGUAGACCAUUAGGGCAAAC